GAAGAUGUUGACGAAAUGAUGGGAAUGAUUCCAUUCCAUGCUUUGAAAUGCUGAGACUCACUUUAUGAAAACUUUGAAUACUGAACAAAAGCCCCGUCCAAGUUUGCUUCAUUUUUUAAAUGUCCCAAUCUUAUCUCAUACAAAUAAUAAAUCACAACUGCUACAUUUAUUUUUUUUUCAAAAUUUGAAGAAGAAGAAGAUGAAGAUGGUGAGUGAAGUCUGAAUCGAAGAAACUGCGAAGUGAAGAGAUCGAUCGGUGAAUGGAAGCGAUGGUGUGGGAGGGAGUAAUGGAACUCACCAAGUGGGCGCAGGAGAAGAAGACCGACCCUCUGCUGUGGUCAAUUCAGGUCAGCGCCGCCCUCAACUCCGCCGGCGUCUCCCUCCCUUCCGUCGACCUCGCACACCGGCUGGUCUCCUACAUCUGCUUCGACAACCACGUCCCUCUCGCAUGGAAGCUUCUCGAGAAAGCCAUGGCGGUCAGAAUCCUCCCUCCCUUGCUCGCCCUCUCUCUCCUCUCCACCCGCGUCCUCCCCCACCGCCACCUCCACCCCGCCGCCUACGCCCUCUACAUCGACCUCCUCAACCGCCACGCCUUCUCCCUCUCCUCCAACAUCCACUUCCCCAACUACCCCAAGGUCAUGGCCUCCAUCCACCACGCCCUUCGCUUCUCCCACCUCUACUCCUCCUCUUCCCACGACCCCCACCCCGGCCUCGUUCUCGUCCACCUACUCUUCACGCUCGUCUCGCAGUUGCUCGAAGCUUCCUUGGACGAUGAGGGACUUCUCCAACACAAGCCCCGAUGGAUCGAUGUCGAUAACAUGCUCAUUGACGCCUCCCCCAACCACACCAAAGACACCUUGCACCGCAAAAACACUGCCAUGGCUAUUGAGACCAUCUCUCGCUUUCUUCACCACAAAGUCACUUCCAGAAUCCUCUCACUCGUUCAGCGAAACAUGCCAGCGCACUGGGGACCUUUUGUUCACCAGCUUCAGCGGCUUGCCGCGAACUCGACCGUGUUGAGGAGCUUGAAGCAGGUCACUCCUGACUCGCUUUUGCCUUUGAAUUUUAACUCCGCUCCUGGGAUUAAGGGUUUGUCUUCUGAAUGGAAAUCGACACCUAAGCUUGAACUCAGUGCCGUUGUGGCUGCCUCUUGCGCGGUUCAGUCUUGCAAAGAUAAUUGGUCUUCUCUUUGGCUUCCUAUUGAUCUUAUCCUUGAGGAUGCAAUGGAUGGAAAUCACGUGGCUGAAGCUAGUGCUGUUGAAGUUCUUACCGGGUUGGUUAAGGCUUUGCAAGCAGUUAAUGGUGCUGCAUGGCACUGUGCUUUUUUAGGUUUAUGGAUUGCAGCACUACGGCUAGUUCAAAGGGAGAGGGAUCCAAGUGAGGGUCCAGUGCCUCGCCUUGAUACCUGCUUGUGUAUGUUAUUGUGCAUUACAACCCUUGUAGUUACCAACCUUAUUGAAGAAGAGGAAGGGGAACUCAUUGAAGAAGCUGAACGUAGCCCUACAAAUCAAAGGAUGGACAAGCAGGCUUUGGGAGAGCGCCGUGGGGAAUUGGUUAUCAGUUUACAGCUAUUGGGUGAUUAUGAAGAUUUACUCACUCCACCACAAUCUGUUAUUUGGGGAUCCAAUCAGGCCGCUGCCAAGGCUACUUUGUUCGUAUCAGGACAUAGUGGAUACUUGGAAUAUACGAAUGUGAAUGACUUGCCCACCAACUGUUCGGGCAACUUAAGGCAUCUGAUUGUGGAGGCUUGUAUAGCAAGGCAUCUGCUUGAUACCUCCGCAUAUUUCUGGCCCGGUUAUGUCAGUGCACCUUUCAAUCAGCUGCCACAUAGUAUUCCUAACCAUCUACCUAGCUGGUCAUCAUUAAUGAAGGGAUCACCACUGACUCCUCAAUUGGUUAAUGUCUUAGUUGCAACUCCUGCUUCUAGCUUAGCAGAGAUUGAGAAGAUAUUUGAAUUUGCAAUCAAUGGCUCGGAUGAAGAAAAGAUAUCUGCUGCUACCAUUCUUUGUGGGGCAUCUUUAGUACGUGGUUGGAAUGUGCAGGAACAUAUCGUUUUUUUCAUAGUAAAGAUGCUUUCACCUCCAGUUCCUCCUAAAUAUUCUGGGACUGAAAGCUAUUUGAUCAACCAUGCUCCUUUGUUGAAUGUCCUUCUGAUUGGAAUUUCAUCCGUAGACAGUGUUCAGAUAUUCUCCCUACACGGUGUGGUUCCGUUACUUGCUGCUGUUUUGAUGCCAAUAUGCGAAGCUUUUGGAUCAUCUGUUCCUAAUCUCUCAUGGACUGCUGUUACUGGUGAAAAACUCACUUGUCAUGCAGUGUUCUCUAAUGCAUUUAUUCUCCUGUUGAGACUAUGGCGGUUUAAUCAUCCACCUGUUGAGCAUGUGAUGGGUGGUGCAGCAACUCCAGCAUUAGGAUCACAGUUAGGUCCUGAGUACCUUUUAUUGGUUCGAAAUUGUAUGUUAGCAUCCUUUGGGAAAUCACCAAAAGAUCGAGUAAGUUGUAGAAGAUUUUCAAAAAUGAUAACUUUUUCUUUAGAGCCUUUAUUUAUGGAAUCCUUUCCAAAAUUAAACAUUUGGUAUCGGCAACAUCGAGAAUGUAUUGCAUCUACCUGUUCUACACUUGCACCCGGAGGGCCAGUUUCUCAGAUUGUUGAAGCGCUACUAAGCAUGAUAUGCAAGAAAAUAAAUCGAAGUGCUCAGUCAUUGACGCCUACAACUUCAGGAAGUAGUAAUUCAUCUUGCUCUUCACUGGAUGAUGCUCUGAUGAAACUUAAAGUGCCUGCAUGGGACAUCCUUGAAGCAACUCCAUUUGUUCUUGAUGCUGCUCUUACUGCUUGUGCACAUGGAAGACUCUCUCCCCGUGAAUUGGCUACAGGUCUCAAAGAUCUGGCUGAUUUUCUUCCGGCAACUUUGGGAACUAUUAUAAGCUACUUGUCAGCUGAAGUAACACGAGGCAUUUGGAAGCCUGCUUUUAUGAACGGAACUGAUUGGCCAAGCCCUGCUGCAAAUUUAUCUAUUGUUGAGCAACAAAUCAAGAAAAUUUUAGCAGCCACAGGUGUUGAUGUCCCUAGCCUUGCUAUAGCAGAUGGUAAUGCUCCAGCUACACUUCCUUUGCCGUUGGCAGCUUUUCUGAGUCUCACAAUAACAUAUAAACUGGAUAAAUCUUAUGAGCGCUUCGUUGUUUUGGCUGGACCAUCUUUGAUUGCCCUUUCUUCUGGUUGCCCCUGGCCAUGUAUGCCCAUUGUUGGUGCUUUGUGGGCUCAGAAGGUGAAGCGUUGGAGUGACUUUUUUGUAUUCUCUGCUUCUGCAACUGUCUUCCACCACAGCAGGGAUGCUGUAGUUCAGCUCUUAAGAAGUUGCUUCACUUCCACCCUUGGACUUGGUUCUGCCUGUAUUUAUAACAACGGAGGUGUUGGCACGCUCCUUGGUCAUGGCUUUGGUUCUCACUUCUACAGAGGGAUCACUCCGGUUGCUCCUGGGUUUCUCUACUUAAGAGUUCACCGGUCUAUUAGAGAUGUCAUGUUUUUGACAGAAGAAAUUGUAUCUCUUUUAAUGCUUUCGGUUAGAGAUAUAGCUAACAGUGGGUUGCCCAAGGGUGAAGUGGAGAAGCUAAAGAAGACCAAGUAUGGGAUGAGAUACGGGCAGGUUUCUCUUGCUGAAUCAAUGACACGUGUAAAGCAUGCUGCUCUUCUUGGGGCUUCGUUUCUUUGGAUAUCUGGUGGUUCAGGUUUGGUUCAAUCUUUGAUCACAGAAACUCUACCUUCCUGGUUUUUGUCAGCGCAGGGGUUAGAGCAUGAAGGGGCAGAACCUGGAGUUGUUGUGGCUAUGCUGAGAGGUUAUGCACUUGCGUGUUUUGCCGUACUUGGUGGAGCGUUUGCCUGGGGUAUCGACUCUUCAUCACCAGCAUCAAAACGACGACCAAAGGUUCUUGGGAUUCAUUUAGAUUUUCUUGCAAAUGCACUUGAUGGAAAAGUAUCUCUUCGCUGUGAUUGUGCAACCUGGCGUGCGUAUGUGUCAGGGGUUAUGAGCUUGAUGGUUAGCUGCACGCCACUGUGGAUCCAGGAACUUGAGGUGGGUAUAUUGAAAAGAAUGAGCAACGGAUUAAGACAGAUGGAUGAAGAAGACUUGGCUCUGCGACUGCUAGAAAUUAGAGGGACAAGCGUCAUGGGUGAGGUAGCUGAAAUGAUCUGCCAAACUAGAUAAUAAUAACCUAACGGAUUUUAUACUCAUUUCAUUUGCUAGUUGCUACCAUUUCUGUACAUAGCAAUGUAAAUUUCAUAAUUUUGUAUUAUCCCAUUGAAUUUAGAGCAGUUACGUUUAGGUAGCAGUAUGAACCUUUGAUCAUAAAAUGUAUUACAGCAAAUAUUGUCUUAAUGUGUACUUGUAGCAUUAACAGAUUCAUGAAGAUUUUUUUCAACA